GAAUAUACAGAUAUAAUACAGCAUAUUUGGUAAUAAAACCUUACUAGUCGGGUAUCUAGUUCAUCCUCAUUAGCUAUGGCUGCAAAGAAGGGGGAAGUCAUAUACAGGCGACCUAAGAUCGGAUUUGAGGAUCUUGACCCAGAAAGUUGGACGGAUUUAGCGAUCUGUGAUGCUUAUGAUAAAGCUGUAAAUAACGAGACCUUGGUAAAAAGGAGGCAGGCGAUGGACGUUCCAUCAGAACAAAAACGACAUGGAAUGGACUUAAACCAGAGUCCGGAGAUGCAAAUCACCGAAACAUUGUUUGGACAAGAGGGGCUAACCUUGAUGAGUAUAAAACCUAAUAAAAAUAAUCCAAUGUUUAGUUCUGAUCAGGUCAAAAAUGAACCUGAUAUGGUUUGGAAAGUAGGUGAUGAAUGUGUAGGUUUAUAUUAUGAAGACGGGCUAUACUACGACUGCACUAUAAUCUCUAUAAACAAAAAGGCAGGCACUUGUGUUGUAGAAUACAAUGUGUACGGUAAUCGAGAGACUGUUGAAUUAACAGACCUACAUGACGCAGAGAAAUGGAAUAAUGAAAUGUCAGCUGGGGGUAAUAAUUCUGCAAAAGAUUCCGGUACGUCUACAAGUUCUAGUUCUUUUUACACAAGCAACACAACGUCGUCGAGCACUGAAGGAACAUCAUCUGAUGUCACUCAAGAUAUUUAUAGAAGUAGAGGAAACAGGAAAAAGCAUACUGAAAAAAGGAAAACGCAAAAUAAUUCCCAUCCUUUUCAAAAUAUGAGGAAUAUGGCGCCUCCUAGUUUUACUACAGACUCAAUAUUCGCGAUGCCUCCCCAAAGUUUUCCCACCGGACAUUUUCCCCCUUUUGGUCCAUUUCCCAGCACUCAGUCACCAAAAUUAUCCAAAUUACGAGAUCUUAGUGAUGAUGCUCUAUCUUCGAUGCUUAUGUCAUGGUACAUGGCUGGGUAUCACACAGGUUAUUAUCAAGGUGUAAACUCUCAUCUUUCAAGAAAAAAGAGGCAUAAAUAAAAAAAUGCAGGAUAAUCCCGAGGUAUGUGAACCAAGAUGGCGAACACCGGAACGUAGAAUGUGUACCAGGUUAGGGUUAGGCCAUAAUUUCAGGUACAAAUACUAUGGGAGUCACUU